CAACAUCGACACCGUCAUCGUCGACAAUGAUACAUUACGAUUUCCCUCUUGUCCCCUUUCUCUUCGCAACCGCGCUCUCCGUGAAUGGUCUCCGAAAACGCUCGCUCUCACCUUCUGGCGCAGCAGCGGCCUUCCUGACGGGCAUUUCUAUGCUCUCUAUGCCUUUACGCACUCCAGGCAUAUCACUCAUCGUGUUCUACCUGAUCGGAUCGAGCGCGACGCGCGCGGGUAAGAAGGAGAAGGCGUUGUUGGAGGACGGACACGACAAAGCAGGGGCAGGGUAUCGGAACGGGAUGCAAGUUUUCUCAAAUUCCGCGAGUGCGCUAGUGGCUGCUUUGCUCUGGGGUGCUCUGCACGCCCCAGGAUUUCCUGCUGCUAGACAGGUUUCUAGAGCGCUCGGCGCACAUCUGGUAAAUUAUACACCAGACGCGUGGUGUCCACUUGAUGCAAGCGCAAAUCAAGGAUGGAGCCGUGCUCUGCUUAUGAUCGUUCUAGGACACUUUGCUUGCUGCCUUGGUGACACGCUCGCCUCCGAACUCGGUAUCCUCUCCAAAACACCUCCGAUUCUCCUCACCACCCUCUCCCGCGUUCCACCGGGAACGAACGGCGGCUUGUCUCUGCUCGGCACUGUCGCGUCCAUCUCAGGCGGCGCGGCGAUGGGUCUGACGAUGUUCGCGACGCUCGUGGCAGAAAAUUCCAGCUGCAGAGAACAAACUGCCAGCCUGUUCUGGCAGCUGUUACUUCUGGGCGCAGGCGCGGGCGGGUUUGGAUCGUUGCUCGAUUCAUUGCUCGGUGCCACCCUUCAGCGCACGCAAUAUUCCAACACGACAAAGCGCAUCUUGACUGACACCUCGGCUGUCCCGGACAGUAAAGCGGACAUCAAGGUCGUCAGCGGGUUCGAUAUCCUGACCAACAACCAAGUCAACUUGGUUUCGUCGACUCUGACGGCGCUCGCUCUCGGAUAUGUGGCCUGA